GACGCUAGCUUGUGUGCCGUGGUACAGAUUCAGAAUAAACCUCUACCAUAUAGACAGCAGAGAGGUUGUCCGCAUUGACAAUAAACGCCACAGCGGUACAUUGAGGUCGUGUCGGUCAAUAGGAGAGUUUUGAUGAGACAGCUAUACAUAGAGCAAGCUAAUUAAUAGGGUAAACAAUAAAAUACAAUUAUUGUGUCUUGUCAGGUCUUGGAGGACGACUCGGAACUAGCUAGCUAGCCAGUGCUAGCUAACAUAUUUAGACGCUAACUGAACCCCGGUGCUAAACCGAAAGUGUAAAUUAACGUUAGCUAGUCUAUUAGCUAGAUUAAACGGAGAGGAACGUUUUGCGUAAAUUACACAACAAAGUAAACGGCUUUGGAAAGUAAACAAAAAGGUUUCAUAGAAUCGUUGAGUGUUUUUCAGUUAGUAGCUAGUUAACUUAAACGUAAGUCUUUCGCAGGUAGGUGACGUUGAAGAGCGGCGAUGGACUUCGUUGCAGGAUGCAUCGGAGGUGCUGCUGGAGUCUUGGUUGGACACCCAUUUGACACAGUUAAGGUGAGACUGCAGGUCCAGAGCGUUGAUAAGCCUCUGUACCGUGGGACCUUUCACUGUUUCCAGUCCAUCAUACGGCAGGAGACGGUAUUUGGUUUGUACAAAGGCAUCGGAUCCCCCAUGAUGGGCCUUACAUUCAUCAAUGCUAUAGUGUUUGGUGUUCAGGGUAACACCAUGCGGAUGCUGGCACAGGACACCCCCAUGAACCAGUUCCUUGCUGGUGCGGCAGCAGGGGCCAUCCAGUGUGUCAUCUGCUGCCCCAUGGAGCUGGCUAAAACCCGCAUGCAAAUGCAGGGUACUGGGGAGAAAAAGUCUUCUAGGAAGUUGUACAAGAACUCCCUGGACUGCUUGGCACGCAUCUACAAUCGGGAGGGUCUGCGGGGUGUAAACCGAGGCAUGGUCACAACAUUAAUCCGCGAGACACCUGGCUUUGGAGUGUAUUUCCUGGCCUAUGAUGUGAUGACGCGCAGCCUUGGCUGUGAGCCGGAUGACCGCUACAUGAUCCCCAAGCUGCUGUUUGCAGGGGGCAUGGCUGGCAUUGCCUCCUGGCUUUCCACCUACCCUGUGGAUGUGAUCAAGUCGCGGCUGCAGGCAGACGGGGUGGGUGGAGUCAACCAGUACAGCGGCAUUGCUGACUGUGUGCGACAGAGUAUCAGGAGAGAGGGCUACAUGGUGUUCACACGAGGCCUCACCUCCACGCUGCUGCGGGCGUUCCCUGUGAACGCCACUACCUUUGCUACCGUCACCCUUAUCCUCAUGUACGCCCGGGGGGUGGAGGAGGGACCUAAAGACUGUGAGCAGGCUCAGCCAGGCCACCACACACAGAUGCAGCAGCAGGCCCAACCCUCCAGCCUGUGACAGCAGAGGUCUCAACCUGAGCACUUUACAGGAGCAUGGAUUACAGAAACAUACAAACCCUUUAUAAAUGUGUGACUCAGUCUCACAUCAGACCAGCCAUUCUUUUUUGAGAAAAAAACAUGGUUUAUAUAAACACGUUUUUACUUUCAUGUCAAAAAGGAAACAAAGAAAAAACUAUAUUUAUUUAAGUUUUAGGUUUGCGACUGAAGAUGCAGACUUGUACAAGGGGAUGGUGUUACCUAAGAUAAGAUGGGGAAAAUGGAGCUAUAAGAUUCAUGGACAUUUUUAACAGAGAUUUUAUCUGGGAGAAUCAUCUUGUGUGACACAGAUUAUGAAUUGUUGCCAAGCCACAAAAUUAAGGGUGUGGCUACGUGGUGUGUACAGUUUAGACACUGAAGGUUGAUGGCUAGCUUGAAAUGUGCAGUGUUUUCACUGCACCUGUGUAUAUCAUUGGUUUAAGUUCUUUUUUUAAAUGUAAAUAGGAGACAUUUUCCUGCCUUAUAAUAUGAAAAUUUUUAUUUUGUUUAAGGAAGCUGAAGCACCUGUUUGUAGCUGAACUGUAUCCUCUGAAGAGCAAAGAGAGCGAUGGAAUGUAGCAUUUGAUAAGUACAAAGAAAUGAUCACUUGUUUCUGUUUUCUAACCAAAUAACAUGCUGCAGCUAUAAUCUAAUCCUAACUAACGCACUAUUACUCCGUACAGCACAUGUCAGUACAGAAAUCCACUGGUUUAAAGGGCUCUUCAGGGUCUGAAUGUAAAGUGGGUCUGCGUGUGAAUCAGGAUGGUAGCUGGUGUUAUGUCUUGUUUGGUUGUCUGUUUAGCAUGUUGUGUUUUUUGUUUUUUUUUACCAAAAUAAUGUGAAGUGAUAUCAUUGUAACUUUACUACUGUAAUAAAGGCCUGAUCCAGAAGUGGAACAUGGCGCUACAUGUGGGCGCACCACACUUCCACUAUUUUACUUUUUAUUGUCAAUUUUAGUUAUUAUGUUUGUUUUU